AACAUCCCGCGUCAUUUCGAGACAUUCUGGUCUUUAGAAGGACCGACCGGGGAAUUACCACAGACUAGCGGAUACACUUCCACGAUAUCUGAUCUAGCAAGUGCCUUUUACUCCCAAUAUGGCGUUAUUUCGAGUCGCAGUUGUUCUUUCCUGAGAGAAUUGUCUGGAAAGCAGGAGAACAGCAGUGCCGAAUUGCCAAAAGGAAAGACGAACACAACAAAAAAGCGUCCCACACCAGAAGGCCACUUUGACAAGGUAUCUGAGCGCACUGAGAAGCAUCCACAUUUCACAUACCCACCAUUUCCAGACUACAGGAAUCCUAAAACAGGAGAAAUUGGAGGACCCAGUGGACCAGAGCCAACCCGUUACGGAGACUGGGAACGCAAAGGUCGUGUUUCUGAUUUUUAAGACUGACCGUGGAUUGCCGGUG